GUUGGCGCCGGCAUGUCGGGCCCCGGGCCGCGGGAGCCGCCGCAGGCGGGCGGGCCGGCGGGCCCCGAGAGCGCGGACGCCGCGCCGGGCGAGGCGGGGCUGAGCUUCGCGCCCACCGACCUGAGCCUGGUGGAGAUGACGGAGGUGGAGUACACGCAGCUGCAGCACAUCCUCUGCUCGCACAUGGACGCGGCCGACGGCGAGCUCGACGCGCGCCUCGGCUCGGCCUUCCUGGCGGCGGCGCCGAGCGCGACGGCGCCGGGCGGCUUCGCGGCGGGCGGCGCGGCGGCGGGCGGCGCGGCGCCCGUGUACCCGGUGCUGUGCCCGCCCGCGCUGGCCGACGGCGGCUUCGCGGGCGCGGCGCCCUGCCUGGGCCACGUCGACUUCCAGGAGCUGCGCAUGAUGCUGCUGAGCGAGGCGGGCGCGCCCCCCGCGGCCGAGAAGACGCCGGGCGCCAACGGCCCGGGCGCCGCCCGCCCCAAGGCCGACGGCAAGGAGAACGCGGGGGCCGAGGGCGCACCCGAGGCGCGGGCCAAGUCGGCCGUGCGCGUCCGCCUGGAAGACCGCUUCAGCAGCGCCCCCGCCGAGCCCCCGCCCGCCCCGCGCAGCGCCGAGCCCCCCGAGUCGAGUGUGGCGCUCAACAAUUUGGUAACUCUUAUUCGACGUCCAUCCGAUUUAGUGAAUGUUCCUCAUCAUCAGCAACAAAACAAAUGCACAACGUUAGUGAAAAAUAAAACCGCGGCUGCAGCUGCCUUGCAGCUGACGUACCCUCUGUUCACUGCCAAUGCCUGUUCUGCUGGUGGGAACCCUAAUCUUCCACAGACACAGAGUUCUGGUAACUCAUGUGCUCUACUUGAAGCUGCCAAGCACCAGGAUAUUGGAUUGCCUAGAGCAUUUUCUUUCUGUUAUCAGCAAGAAACUGAAUCCACGAAACAGACUUUGGGUGGUAGAAACAAAGGUUUACCUGAGCAGGUUUGGAUUAAAGUGGGAGAAGAAGCGCUAUGUAAGCAAGCGGUCAAUAAGAGGAGUCGGAGCAGAAUCCACCAGCCAGAUACGGAUGUGCAGCGAAGGGCCCUGGGAGAGAUCCAGAAUGUGGGCGAGGGUUCUGCUGCCACACAGGAUGCCUGGCAGUCGGUGGAGUCCUCACAGGCGAGCCUCGGGGAGCAGGCGCAGAGUGGGCCGCCAGGAGGGCGGUCUCAGCGCAGGGAGCGGCACAACCGCAUGGAGAGAGACAGAAGGGAUGUAUUAAAGCUCGCUGGCUCGCCAGUCAUCUUAGACAUGUGCACACACUCUGGCUGAAGGACUUCACUGACUCACUGUAAACUAUGAAGGACAUUCUUCCUACUCCGACAUCAAUAAACAUUUACUAAAUACAUACUGUGUGAAAACCCUUACCUGUUGACAGUGAAAGUUUGAAUUCCGGUUCUGCCAUUGCCUAGUUUAACGACCUUCAGCAAACGCUUCGCCUCCAGUCUGGAAUUUCUCCUCUAAAAUAGAGAUGCUAUCUGCCCAAUAGACUUGAGAUGAGGGGUAAAGAAGCUGCUGUGUAAGGAGCCUCUGGCCCAGUGCCUAGAAGUUAGGGAGUGUCUGGGAAGUGCCGGCUGUUGUUUCAACCUUGCAAGUUUCCACAUAAAGUUCUAAGUGUGCAGUUGGGAAAUGAGAACAAGAGCCACACUGAGUAAGCAGCUCGGUGUCAGCUUGUAUAGGACGUGACAUGCUACCCAGUGGAACGUGUAAAAGUCAAAAGUGGUUUAAUAAUUUAAAUCACGACUUGAGCCUUCCUCUCUCUUGAAAGACCAGGUUUGGGAUAUUAAAAGUCUCUGGUCUGUGGCCCUUUUUGAACCAGGGCCCCUUGGAGAAUCAGAGCUGUGCCUCCUUGGUGUGAGUUCGUUCCUUAGGAUGGUAUCAGGGCAGCUCAGUGUGUUGGGUGGAACAGUGACCUGCCCUGAAAAGGCACGGACAGUUUUGCUUGUGCAUUCAGGGUGUUUGAAUCCAUCCUUGGUCCAGACUCAAGCCUGUCCCUGUCUCCUGGCAGUGAGAAGCGGGCAGGGAAAGCUCCCGGGGUGGCAGGUCUGCAUGGGUGCGCGCUGUGCACCCUUGGGCCCCUGGUUUGCCCUCCUGCUGCUGCCACCGCCCUAUGUGGCUCCCCUGGACUUUG